AAUAAUUGUAAGUGACCAGCAAAAUCUAUUCUUCUAUAUCCGCUGUCGUUAAAUAAAUACUCAUGUGAUAAAGCCAUAAAGGCAAUAUUUAUCUUUCUUAAGACCAACGGUGCAAAACCUAAAUGACACAUAUUGUUCGAUUUGGCUCAUAUAAAUCUUAUGAAUUUAUCCCUUGAGUUACGCGCCAUCAUCGAGCUAAUCCAAUGCAUGUAUUAUGUGAAAAGUCUCUUGACUUUCCUCCCUCACUCAACGAGAGACUUCUCUAAAAUAUUAUGAAUUUAUUCCCUGAGUUACGUGUCAUCAUCAAGCCGGUCUAACGCAUGUAUUAUGUGAAAAGUUUCUUGACUUUCCUCCUUCAUUCGAACUUGUCUCUACAAUAUUAUGUGCACCGCUUCUUACGCAUUAUAUAUUCAUUUUGGCGCAUAUAAAUCUUAUGAAUUUAUUCCCGAGUUACGGGUUAUUAUCGAGCCGGUCCAAGCUCCAAGGCAUGUACUAUGUGAAAAGCCUCUUGACUUUCCCCCUUCAUUCGAAUUAGAGACUUUUCUAAAAUAUUAUGUGCACCGCUUCUUUAAAAAACUUGUCAGCCUAAAAAAGCCGAUCAUAAUUAUCUUUUAUAUGUCGACUUGCCCUCCGUUAUGUGCGUCAAAUGACCAUUGAUGAGGUGAGAAAAAGAAAAAGAAAUAAGAAUCAUUCAUAUUAUAACUUUUUAGUUAGAACAAGAAAUAGUCUAUUGGCACUAGUAGGAUUCCCUACUUCCAACCACCAGUAAUUAUAAAUCAAUUCAUACUAUAAAUGGAUGCAUCAUUCAACCAUUCUUACUUGUCCUUCACACAUUCAUAUUUCCAAACUUAGAACCUUUUUAAAAAAAGAAUCCAAAAAAUAAAAUAACUUUAAAAAAAAAAAUAUUAUGGGAAAAGAUGAGCAAAGGGAGGAAAUUUCAAGCCCUUCAAAUUCACAAAAAUUGAAUCAUCAUGUUGUAGCUUUAGAUGUUGAAGUUCCUCAAACUCUUCAUGAAGUUGGAACAGAUUCAUGGUUUCAGGUGGGAGUUGUUCUAAGCACUGGUAUAAAUAGUGCCUAUGCUCUAGGAUAUGCUGGCACAAUCAUGGUUCCUCUUGGAUGGACUGGUGGUGUCAUUGGUCUUGUUUUAUCAACACUUAUAUCAUUAUAUGCAAGUACUCUUAUGGCUAAGAUUCAUGAAUAUGGUGGAAAGAGACAUAUCAGAUAUAGAGAUCUUGCUGGAUUUAUGUAUGGUAGGACAGCUUAUAUAAUUGUGUGGGCAUGUCAGUAUGCAAAUCUUUUCUUGAUAAAUAUUGGAUUUAUCAUUUUGGGUGGACAGGCCUUAAAGGCAUUCUAUGUUCUCUUUGAGGAUGAUCAUCGGAUGAAGUUAGCAUACUUCAUCGCGAUUGCUGGAUUGGCAUGUGUCUUAUUCGCCAUUGCUGUUCCUACUAUGUCAUCCCUAAGAAUUUGGCUGGUGAUUUCAUCAGUGUUCAGUCUAAUUUAUCUCACUGUAGCCUUCGUGUUAGCUCUUAGAGAUGGUAUUAAUGCUCCUCCGAGGGACUAUAGUAUUCCAGGAUCCAAAAUAAACAGAUUUUUUACAACAGUCGGUGCAGCUGCAAAUCUUGUUUUUGUAUUCAACACAGGAAUGAUUCCGGAGAUCCAGGCUACUGUGAGAGCACCUGUUGUGGACAACAUGUUGAAAGCCUUGUAUUUUCAGUUUAGUUUAGGAUCUGUGCCUGUUCAUGCUGUUACUUACGUAGGGUAUUGGGCGUAUGGAUCCAGUUCAUCGUCCUAUUUACUCAACAAUGUCAGCGGUCCAGUUUGGGUAAAAGCAUUGGCCAACAUUACAGCUUUCUUGCAAGCCAUCAUAGCUUUACAUAUAUUUGCGUGUCCAACAUAUGAGUACUUGGAUACCAAAUAUGAGAUUAAAGGAAGUGCAAUUGCUAUCCGGAACCUGGCAUUCAGAGCUCUAGUCAGAGGAGGUUAUCUCGCGCUUACUACUUUCUUAUCAGCUCUUUUACCUUUCUUGGGAGAUUUCAUGAGCCUCACUGGUGCUAUCAGCACGUUUCCACUCACGUUUAUUCUUCCAAACCACAUGUAUAUAAUCGCGAUGAAAAAGAAAUUGUCUUCAUUACAAAAGAGUUGGCAUUUACUCAAUGUUGUCUUUUUUAGCGUCGUAGCUUCUGCUGCAUUAGUAGCUGCUUUCAGGCUUAUAGCAGUGGACUCGAAAAAUUACCACACAUUUGCUGAUUUGUAGUUGAGGGGAAUGUCCCUCACCUUAUUCAUUUGGCAUUCAAAUUACUCUCAACUUUCUCAAUACCGCGCCUCAGCGAGGUUUAUGUUUGUACUGUAUGAUGAAUCGGAUUAUGUAAUUGAUUCACAUCGAUUUGGAUGA